CUCACACAGCUCACCAACACGCGUGUCACAAAGUGGAACAAGGUCUGCAGAAAAUUGUAACAGCCACCUCGAUCUUCAUCACUCACGUGUCUUGACAGUUAUCCGCCCAUUUUCUGCCGCAUCCUAGGCUAAAGACUUGACCAUUCCAUCGUCAAGGCAACAUCCUGAUCACAUGGCCAGCAUGGAAAUCCGGCUUGCAAUAAUUAUUCUUUUCGCAUCCUCUGUGUCAGGCCAGGACUCGUGUCCGCCAGACUGGGUGAUGGUCAGUGACACCACUUGUGUCCAGUUCAACGACCAGUACAAGCUGACCUGGUCACAGGCCCAGCAGACGUGCAACAAUUUCGCUGCCACCCUAAUCCGCUUUGCGUCUAACUCUGAUGUGAACUCCUUCGCAAAUGCGGCGACUGUCCGUUCUGUGGACGGCUGGUGGUCUGGUCUCAACAACAUCGGCCACACGGACACCUGGACCUGGGGAGGGGACGAACAGGUCGUUCCAGGCGCCCUAGCCUGGGCAGUUGAGCCCACAGAUACCCACCACGUUGAAAACUGUGUGUCCAUAUACAUCGACGGCACUCUGAGUGACGACCCUUGUGACCAGCAGAUGGGCUACGUAUGCACCUACCCGUUUCCGACAGGUGGGAUGUGCGCAGCGCCCUUCUCAGCCUAUGGCACUCAGUGUCAGUACGCCAGUCCUCUUAACAAUGUCACCAGGCUGUUGUCAUGGGCAGACGCCAAAGCUGCGUGUGCUGCCAUGCGGACGAGCGGCCAGCCAGCCACCCUUGCGGUUUUCAAAGAUAUAAACAGCUAUCAAAAUCUUCAAAUCACCUUGGCAAGCCUGUCACCGACUGGAAAGCGAUGGGUGGGACUCAACGACCAGGCCACGGAGCGGGUGUGGAAAUGGUCUGACGACACCACUGACAGUGACACGUCCUUUCUAAAUUGGCGUCAGUAUCCAAAUCAGAGCACGACAACGGGCUGUGGGCUUGUUCACAGUAACGGUCAAAUGGAGCAAGCUGAUUGUCAGCAGCUUCAUCACUAUGCCUGUAAAAAAGAUGUUGAUCUAGACUUGUAUCUAGAAGACAGUGAAAUGGGAUGCCCGUCUCCAUGGCUACGGGGAGGCCGAAAAUGCUACUACUUCGGCAGCAAUAUCACGGUCACCAUGGCAGCGGCACGGACGUUUUGCACAAGCAACGGCGGUCGUCUGCUGCACCUUCAAUCACUGGAUGAGCAAGACUGGGUGGCGCAACAAACGGUCAGGCUCAGGAGGGGCACGCUCUGGACGGGGCUGCAACGGUCAGCAGAUGGCUCUUCCACCUGGAUCUGGGACGACGGCUCGGCUGCUGACCCGAUGUUGACUAAUUGGAACGUUGAGCCGAACGACUCUGGAGAUUACGGUGAAGACUGCGCCUAUCUGACGUCAGACGGCGUCUACAACGACAACAACUGCUUCACCAGAAUCUCCUACGUGUGUGAGCUAGAGACAACUCAACAAUGUCCAACCGGAUGGCUGGAUUGGACCGGCUCCCAACGGUCAUGCUACUACAUCAGCAACAACACGCAGGCCGGACGCGCCAACUGGAUGGAGGCGCAGAACAAGUGCAGACAAAUGGCAGGUCAGCGAGGUGCGCAUCUUGUGGCCAUCACCACGCAAGACGAGUUUAACUACGUGGUUUCAUUAUUCAAGUCGAACCCAUGGUCGGGAUACUGGACAGAUCUGAGUGACGCGCAAGUGGAGGGGUACUGGCAGUUCGCUACACGUCGAGGAGAGAUACCAUUGACCAUCAACUGGGCUCAGGAGCCGAAUAACCAAGGUGGACACGAGAACUGUGCCAACAUGUACCCCGGCGGUCACCUCAAUGACGUCACGUGCAAUGCCAAAGCUCUCGUCUUGUGCGAGAAAGACGUGCCAGGACUGACAAGUGAUGCCAGACUAUCAAGUACAGCUGUGAGUUACACCAGUCUUCUAAUAUUCCUUUCGGGGGUCAAGGCCAUUCUGACGUGAAGGUGACGAAGAGGUCGCCAAAGGCGGGGCUACUCCCUCUGGAUGUAGCUGCGCGACUUUAGAGUUAUGGCACUUGUUUUCUCUGUAGCGUUGAUAGAAAAUGUAUUUCCACUGAAGGAAGGAAUUCAUACCAAGCCGCCAUUAAAGCAAAAACAAUGAACCUCUGCUUCUUGUCUGUAGUCGUACGUCGGUGCUGCUGUCUGUGAGACUGGUACGUGCAUGCCUCAGUGAUAAUGAAUGCAGCUUUCCUUUCAAGUUCUGGAAUGUUCUUCAAUAAGUCCUAGUUUUCAAACUUUGAAGACUGAGAGCAAAGAACAACUUUACUGUCUUUAAUUUUCGCGAAUAACUUGUACAUUUUUUUACAUGAUUUAGGACAAGGUGUGAAUGAAGGAGUUAGUACUGUUCAGGAUUCUUCCAUAAUAAAGAACAAAUUUCAAUGUUGUUUUUGUGUUACUUGAUAUCAAUUAAACUCGAAUAAAGAGAUUGAAACGUUUUGUGCGUGGACGUAACAAUGAACAGUAUUUACGAGCAAAUGUUGUGCUGGGAUGUGUUUUGCUGAUACCUUAUAAACAUUUAUGGUGUGGUCUUGAGCUUUAUUGUAUCUAUGUUGCACUACGAAAUAAAAUUUGCCUAUCAGAUCA